UAGGACUCUAGCUAUUCCUGUAGCUACUUCCUGCACUUUUGGUCGUGUUCUAUUUGAGUUCUUUUUUUUUACCCGUCUAUCCUGUGUGUACAGUCUGGCUCGGAGUUCAGUAGCUAAUCCGCGCCGUCCAUGAUUUUCCCACAGCCCUACUAAUGCCCCGAAGCCGCAGCUGCCACACGCUGCCAGUUGCUACAUUGAUCAAUAAUUUACCAGCUCGACGCCUCAACGACCCUCUACCCCGGUGCAGCCUCGGGUCGACUGAGGCGACAACCGAUAUUUACUCACGCGGAGGGGACGUUUAUUCUCCCGUCCUUUAAAUGCAGCGUCAGUAAGCUUUAGCCAACAGGCAAGAUCCCUUCGGUGCGUCUACGGAUUAGACUGUCGCAAUGUGCGCUGCGCGUAUUGGUGACUGCAACGGCAUUUGAGGACGCCUCUCGCGUUCAUCUGUCCGGGAACAGCGGGGGUCCCGUUAUGGUGCGGGAGAUGCAGUCAAGACAAACAGGAACUGAUUUCAAGACAUAAAGACGAAGAAAAUCACUCACGGUCACGCAGAACGUCUUCGCACGAGCGGUUCUGCGUACACCGUUGCUCGCGGAGAAUUUCAACCGAGCUUGUGAAUUCCCCGGUCGGUGCCGCCAGCGAGGCUCCAUCGUGACAGCAGGAGAAAUAUAUUUUAAACGGAACGGUUCGCAGUAUACGAGCAGUGCCCAGGGACGGCGAUAAUCCAUCGUUCCGUAAAGUGCCGGAGAAGCUUUACUUUUACAGACGGGACAAACUCGGGGAAACAGACCGACUUGUUGAGUUCUUUUUUCGCUUCCGGUAUCACCGAAGAAACCGACUGGUGCACCCGCUCCCUCUCCUCUUUUUUUUUUUUUUGGACGCGGAAGGUUUUAAAGAAAAAUGGGUCUUUGAGGAGAGCUGGCAAAUUCCCCUCAACUACAAUGGCCACAGAAUCGUAUCUGGUGCAUGAAGGUCCCCAUCGAGCCCCGGGCAUCUCAGAGUGUUUCCUAGUGCCUGAAUCCUACAGGGCCACAGAAUCGUAUCUGGUGCAUGAAGGUCCCCAUCGAGGUCCAGGCAUCUCAGAGUGUUUCCUAGUGCCUGAAUCCUACAGGGAUGAAUUCCAUCCCUUCAUCGAGGCUCUCCUCCCGUACGUGCGGGCGUUCUCCUACACCUGGUUCAACCUGCAGGCCCGCAAGCGCAAGUACUUCAAAAAGCACGAGAAGCGCAUGUCCAAGGACGAGGAGCGUGCCGUCAAAGACGAACUCCUGGGCGAGAAGCCCGAGAUCAAGCAGAAGUGGGCGUCGCGGCUGCUGGCCAAAUUGCGCAAGGACAUCCGGCCGGAGUUCCGCGAAGACUUCGUGCUCACCAUCACGGGGAAGAAGCCGCCGUGCUGCGUGCUCUCCAACCCUGACCAGAAGGGCAAGAUCCGCCGCAUCGACUGCCUGCGGCAAGCCGACAAGGUCUGGCGCCUGGACCUGGUGAUGGUGAUCCUGUUCAAGGGGAGCCCGCUGGAGAGCACGGACGGAGAGAGACUGAUCAAGCCCCCGCAGUGCUCGAACCACACCCUGUGCGUGCAGCCGCACCACAUCGGAGUGUCCGUCAAGGAGCUGGACCUGUACCUGGCCUACUUCAUCCACAUGCCAGAAUCUGGGCAAUCAGACAAUUCCAAUCAACAAGGAGAGUCGGACAUCAAACCCCCACCAAACGGACAUCUGAGUUUUCAGGACUGCUUUGUGACUUCAGGGGUGUGGAACGUAGCCGAGCUGGUACGAGUGUCUCAGACCCCUGUUGCAACAGCGUCAGGUCCUAAUUUCUCUCUUGGGGAUCUGGAAAGUCCCGGUUACUACAAUAUCAACCAAGUAGCACUCAGCAGACGUUCACUUGCCUCUCCUCCAUCCACAAGGUCUGAGGUGGAGCUGUACGCCAGUCUUCCUCGGAGCUCUAAUAAGCGUAAGUCUAUAGAUGACAGUGAGAUGGAGAGUCCUGUCGAUGACGUGUUCUACAGUCGUUCUCCAGCCGGCACCAGCUCCCAGUCCAGCGGCUGGCCGAAUGAUGUCGAUGCAGUUGCAGUGCAGCACCAUUUGACGAGUGUUCAAGAGAGGAAGAUAAAACAUGAGAAUGAUGGUGUGCAGUUUCCUUACCAUGGGCUGUCCUCUCCUGGGUCUCUAAAGAAGCCAGCGGGGAAAUUCGAUUUCAGCGCCCUGUCAGCACAGACGAGGUCCCCCCGAAUGGCCUUCACACACCACCCGCUGCCCAUGCUGGCAGGCGUGAGACCAGGGAGUCCGCGUGCCUCAGCCUCUGCCCUUCAUUUUCCUGCUCCCUCCAUCAUCCAGCAGUCCAGUCCAUACUUCACCCACCCCACCAUCCGCUAUCACCACCAUCAGGACCCGCUCAAAGAGUUCGUCCAGUUCGUCUGUGCUGACGGCUCGGGGCAGCCGGGGGCACAGCCUAACGGGAGCGGUCAGAACAAACUGCCCGGCUCCUUCUUACUGCCACCUCCUCCUCCUCCGGUAGCGCGGCCGGUGCCGAUGCCCCUCCCCCUGCCCGAGCACAAACCCAGCCACACACACCCCGAGAGCGGAGUCGGCUCCCCGGCCUCGCCCUCAGCAUACCCAGCGCCAGGCUCCACAGCUUCCAACAGGUUUGUCGGCAUCGGAUCACGGGACAACAACUUUCUGAACAUCCCACAGCAGACUCAGUCAUGGUUCCUUUGACGAGACUUUUCAUAAACCACACAGACACAAAUCCACAAUGAAAACUGGAAAUGGAGUCACAAAGCUAAGUAUGGAACUUUCCCACACGCCCCCCUGUAAAGUCUCUCUCACACACAAACACACGCACAAAUACACACACCAUUCCCCCAAACGAUGAGGGAUCUGGAAGACUUCAGCAUUACCCUGCUAGUCUGGACAGCUCGGAGAACCAAACAAAGGAACGACAAACCGACGUCUUCGUCGUGUUCCCGAGACAUCCAGCACAUAGACCAAUCCCGUCUACCUUCCUUUAAUUUGUUCAUCCGCCAGUCAUAUGCCAUGGUGAGGAAAUCCAUCUCUUCCUAGUCAGAACUCUAUUCAGAAAUUGAAAUCAUCGAAAAGGGACAUUUGAAACGGACAUGUAACCUGGAUGAUGUCAGACGCGUGUGAUUGGAUGGAGAGACUUGGCUGGAGCCUUCUGAUUGGCUCAGGCUUACACUUCCUAAUCUGGAUUUGCUGAUUUUGGUGAUGCCCUCCAGUGCAGUGUGAACUCGGCAUCCUCUCACUGUUUACCAGUUGACCAGCAAAACAACAGAUAACACUAACCGAGUGCAAUUCACCUAAAAUGUGAUUAAUGAUAAGGGAUGACAGAAGCUUUGGCCUUAGAUUUGCGAUGUGGAGUCAGGCUACAUGUUUUGUAAGGUAAAACACACACAGAUGAGUUCUAGCAGAGCAAUACACACACGUCAAUGACAGCACUACACAGCAUAAUAUAUAGAGACAGCUGAUCACAGGAAUGGGAAGGGUCAAGCACGAGUGACUUUAAUGUCAAGCUUGUGACUCAACGAACAUUUUUCAUUUUGUAGUGUUUAUGAAUUAAAAGGCCAGUGAUUUGAGUCAUAAAACCGGUUCGCAUGAACUAACGAGGGUUUUGGCGCAUCCGUCGCUGACCUCUUCGCUAACAUCGAUCAAUUGGAGUGCUUGUGCAUCAUAUCAUAUAUCCUACAGUCAGCCCUGCACACAAGGGCUUCUACUUUACUUUAUGCUUGGUUUUGCAGUA